GGGUCUCGGCCGAUUCCGCUAUAAAUUUCAGCGGGGAUAAUCCCCGGAUUUCAGAAAAUCCACGGAUUUUCACUGUGAGGAACCGACGCCAUGUUCCGCCUCUUCGUCCUCGCCCUGGUCCUCUCCGUCGGACACGGAGCGGACGUGUCCCGUCGUGGCCAUUCCUGGAUUGGCACGGGCCACAGUCGCAUCGUCGGGGGUGAAGUGGCCGAUCCAGGUCAGUUCCCGUACCAGAUCUCGUUCCAAUAUUUCGGAUCGCAUCGCUGCGGGGGGAGCAUCCUGGAUGAGCUUCACAUCGUGACGGCCGCUCAUUGCCUCGACUUCAUCAACCUCCAGGACACUGAGGUGAUUGCUGGCGUGGUGGACGUGAUCGCGGAGGAAGGCCAGCGGCGCAGUGUGAUCCGGGGAGUCCAACAUCCCGACUGGCAAGGGGCGAGCGGACAAAUCAUCAACGAUGUGGCCGUGCUGACCCUGGACGCGCCGUUGGAGUUUGAUGAGUUCGUCCAGCCUGCCGUUCUUCCCCUGGACGGGCAGCAGCCGAACAUGGACCCGAACAUGUGCAUAGCGUCGGGCUGGGGCAACGAGUUCUUCGGCGGGCCCACGAGCCGCGUGCUGCAGUGGGUCGCGAUCGGGGUGAUCCCGGACGACGAGUGCGACGAUCUCUGGUCGGCGGACCCGCAGAACAUCUGGCCGGAUUUGGAGAUCUGCGCUGGGGACCGCGGGGGCGGCCAGUCCGUCUGCCAGGGCGACUCCGGCGGCCCGCUGUACUGUGAGGCAGAGGACGGGAACCGGUACCUGUACGGGGCGACCAGCUGGGGCUCGUCGUCGUGCGGGGAGGCGAGGCCGGCCGUGUGGGCGGAGCUGCCGACCUUCCUCGAGUGGAUCCUUGAGCAGACCAGGGUCUAGACUUUGUGGACCGGGGUCUGGACUUGGUGUGGCUUUCGCGAGAAUAUAUUCCGGGAGAAAUAAAUUCUGCUUGAGUUCGGAAUGUUUUGCCUCGAAGUGGAUCGGCUCGAUUGGAG